UAGCAGAAGAGGCUAAAACCAACUAAAACUAGCUGUUGCUGGGGAGUACCUGAAUGCAGCACAGGUCUGGCCAGCAGCCGUUGUUGCUCUUGAACGCAGCUCGUCGUUUUUUAUACAACACCGGAGGGACGACGGAGGAGAAACGACACAGAGCAGAAGCUUUGAGGCCAGGAUGACGAGCUUACAGAUGAGUGCGAAGGAGGAGAUGGUAGAGAAGUUUCUGGAUGCUGCAGCCCGAGGAGAUGUGGUCCUGGUGACUGCACAUCUGGCCCAGCUUCCCUCCGUCAUCAACCAGACGGGAUACAGCGGCUGGACGGCGCUGAUGCUCGCUGCUCGUAACGGACACUACGACGUGGUGGAGAAGCUGCUGUCACACAGCUGUGAUAAAUACUUGGUGAACAGUUCGUCACAAACCGCUUACGAUAUCGCCAAGUUCUGGGGCCACACACACAUUUCCAACCUGCUGAGCCGGACAGACGAGGGCAGCCAGAGAGUUCUGCCGGGUUCUGAAGUCAGUCCACAGGAAAACUACUUCAGCAGGGAGAUGCUGGACCGGCUGAGCGGGAAGAGGACCGAUAAGACCUGGUUGGAGUCCAAACACAGCGACCCGGAUACCGUCUACCUGAUGUUCUCCAAGCUCAACCCCAUGGUCAGCAUGCCACAGGAGGACGACGGGGGCGAGACCAAGCUGUGUCGGUUCAGAUACGACGCUGUGAAGGACCUUUUCCAGAAACCUGCCACUGUGCUCAUCUUCCUGGGAGUGGAGAAGAGGAAGAAUCCCUCGUCUUCCUCCGACGGCGUCCGGGAGCCUCCUGCCUGGUUCGCCAUCGGCACUGAUGAAGACACCGUUGAACUCCUGAAACGCAGCAGAGAAAAGAACUGCUGCUUCCCCAAGUCGCCCCACAGAGACCUGCUGAAGCUGAACGAGGAAGAGGCCGGAGUCAUGGCCCAGGCCCGGUCGGUGUUAGCCUGGCACAGCCGCUACAGCUUCUGUCCGACUUGUGGCAGCAGCACCAGUCUGGAGGAGGCCGGAUACAAGAGGAAAUGCCUGAACUCUGAGUGCAGGAGCCAGCAGGGCGUCCACAACACCUGCUACCCUCGAGUCGACCCGGUGGUGAUCAUGCUGGUGAUCCACCCUGAUGGAAACCAGUGUCUACUGGGGAGGAAGAAGAUGUUCCCAGCUGGGUUUUUCUCCUGUCUGGCUGGAUUUGUGGAGCCUGGAGAGUCUCUGGAGGAGGCGGUGAGGAGGGAGGUGGAGGAGGAGAGCGGGGUGAAGGUCGGACCCGUCCACUACGUCUCCUGCCAGCCCUGGCCGAUGCCGUCCAGCCUCAUGAUGGGAUGUCUGGCCGUCGCCGUGUCGACCGACAUCCGCGUGGACGAGAGCGAGAUCGAGGAGGCCCACUGGUUCCCACGGCAACAGGUGAUCGACUCGAUGUUUAAAGGUUCCCGUCCAGCCUUUACUGUCCCUCCCAGACAGACCAUCGCCCACCAGCUCAUCAGACACUGGAUCGGCAUCACCUCCAACCUCUAACAUCCAACAUCCAGACUGUUCAUUCCACCGUUUGUCUGUAAAAUGAGUCCAGAAAAAACACCUCAGAUCUGAGGUUUGGACUGAAAUCUGAGACGUGGCACCGAGAAGACGAAUUAAAAGAAGAAGAAAUGUGUAAAAUUCCUCCAGACACGUCUGUGUGAGCAGUAACAGAAGAAGAAAUGUACUAAUAAUGAUGAUCUGAAGGCAUUUCAACACCUUUAAUCAAUGAAAAAUAAACUUAUUUUUAUUAAAAUGUGGUUUUAAGUCAAACUAAAAAUACUCAACAAAUCUACAAGUUGACAUGAUUGUAAGAUAAAUCUGCAUUAAUAAAUGAUGUCUUGUACAAUUUUACAACAGUAAAUAAAUGGAAAAUGUGCUGUAAUUUA